AUGAAGAAAGAAGUGGCUAAAACCCCAAAAGCCCAAUGGGGAAGAGCAUAAGCAUAUACUGAGAAAGCUUCUGAUUUGAUUCCUCCAACGUCCCGCCUUGAAAAGAAUAUCCAAUCCAAAAACUCCCUCAAAGAUUCGCUUCCUUCAAGUUAUCUUCUUUUUUCACUCUCACUUUGCGUUACUCAAUAGAAAUCGCACUUUUUUUUUUUUUUUUUUUCAAAGCCCCACAGCUACACCUUCAGCAAUCAGCACCACCUUAUAUUGCUCUCUCUCUCCCUCCCAAUCAUGAAUUCUGCUUCCCUCUCUAUAAAUCCCACUCUCUCUCCACCUUUUAUCUCCACCCCAUCUUCUUCUUCUUCUUCUGCUGCCGUUUGCCUCAGGCUUCGGGGUCCUUCUCAGUCCUCUGGAGCAAUAAUACCCAGUUGUCUUUUCAGCAGAGGAGCUGUGUUUUGCUGCUCAGAGAGAGUGAGACCAAAAGGUUGUGCGAGGAAAAUUUCGAAACUUGGGAUUAAAGCAACCAAUAUGACCAUCACGGAAAUUAGACCCGACGAAGAAGAAGGGGGUCCUCCUCUUUUGGAGUCUGAGAACAACUCCAGGCCUCGUCGUAUUGCUCUCUUUGUUGAGCCUUCUCCUUUUGCUUACGUGUCUGGCUAUAAAAAUCGGUUCCAGAAUUUUAUCAGAAACUUACGUGAAAUGGGGGAUGAGGUUAUGGUUGUGACAACACAUGAAGGAGUGCCUGAGGAAUUCCAUGGAGCAAAAUUGGUUGGAUCAAGGAGCACCAGCUUUCCUUGUCCCUUGUAUCAGAAGGUGCCCCUCUCCCUGGCUCUUAGUCCUAGAAUAAUUUCAGAGGUUGCACGGUUUAAGCCUGACAUAAUACAUGCAUCAUCACCUGGGAUAAUGGUUUUUGGUGCUCUCGCUAUUGCAAAGCUGUUAUGUGUGCCCAUCGUGAUGUCUUAUCACACUCAUGUACCAGUAUACAUACCAAGAUACACCUUUAGUUGGCUUGUCAAACCCAUGUGGCUUGUUUUAAAAUUUUUGCACAGAGCAGCUGAUCUUACACUGGUGCCAUCAGCUGCCAUUGGGAGAGAUCUCCAAGCUGCAAGAGUGACAGCAGCUAAUAAGAUACGUCUUUGGAAUAAGGGUGUAGAUUCUGAAAGCUUCCAUCCUCGUUACCGCUCUCAUGAAAUGCGAUUAAGACUGAGCAAUGGUGAGCCUGACAGACCAUUGGUAAUCCAUGUUGGACGACUUGGAGUUGAGAAAAGUUUGGAAUUCCUCAAAAGCGUCAUGGAUAGGCUUCCAGAAGCACGAAUUGCUUUCAUUGGAGAUGGGCCAUAUAGGGAGGAGCUGGAGAAAAUGUUCACUGGUAUGCCAGCAGUAUUUACAGGAAUGUUAGGAGGUGAGGAACUCUCUCAGGCAUAUGCAAGUGGGGAUGUGUUUGUGAUGCCUUCGGAAUCAGAGACGCUUGGGCUUGUAGUAUUGGAGGCUAUGUCUUCAGGGAUUCCUGUGGUGGGAGUUCGUGCUGGGGGAAUUCCAGAUAUAAUCCCUGCAGAACAAGAAGGUAAAACUGGAUUUCUCUAUAGUCCUGGAGACCUUGACGACUGCUUGAGCAAAUUGCAGCCUCUGUUACAUGACAUUGAAUUGAGAGAGAGGAUAGGCAGAGCAGCACGAGAAGAGAUGGAGAAAUAUGAUUGGAAAGCAGCCACCCGCAUAAUACGCAAUGAACAAUACAAUGCUGCCAUUUGGUUUUGGCGCAAGAAGAGAGCUCAACUACUGAAACCUCUACAAUGGCUUAUAAAACGUGUAUUUCCAUCCCCAGAAGUUAACUACAGGUGAAGAAAAAAUAAAUAAAUAAAUAAAUAAAUAAAUACACAGCCAAUAUAGUUGUUUACUUGUUUUGUGAGCUUGCUUUCGGCUUCAAACAAGUCCUUGUGGGAUAAUGUAUCGGAUUGAUGCCAAAUGCAUUCAUUUGUUGUACUUUGUACAUAUUAUUAGACGCCAAAAUAUUGUCUCCACUGUUUUUAAUGUCAUUCUUAAUUAUUUUGGAUGUCA